AUGUCACCACGGACAUCUCUAGCUCACCUUUCCGCGUACAAACGUCUUAUCCACACGUCCAGGCCAUCGUUCAACUUCAUCGGGCUUCCAGAUCCAACUUCCAACCUCCGUCCCAUCAUAUACACCACUGCCACCUCUUCGUCCUCCCCUUCUGAGUCUAAACAGCACCCAUACUCCCUCAGAGAAUUCUCAGACGAUACGGUAGACCACGAACUACAGUGGAAACUCCAUCGAGAACAGCUCGACGCGUUCAACCACGCAUACUGGGCAGAGAGUAACACCCGCUUCGAGGCUGCCAAAUCCUCAGUCCUCGCUGCCCUCCCACCCAAUGCACCUACAGAAGCACACGAGCACGCAUUGUCUGACUUUUACAAGAAGUGGGUAGUCCAGGAACGGGCGCGCCAGGACGAGUAUGCCGCGGAGCUCAGGAAACGGACAUUCGAGGAUCUCUCGCUCUCUGCUAAAGUUGAGUUUCAGAGGGUAAAAAAGAGGUUGACGAGCUGGAGGUUUCUAUAA